CGCGUCUCUGCGCAUGCGCACGUUGUAUUUACAGGCGUCUGGAUCUGGGCCGGGAAAAUGGUUCUGGAGUGGGCCUGAAACCUGGAGAGUGACAAAUACUGACCCGAUCAUUAAUUAAAAGGAGACAGGCAGUCGACUACAUAAAUCUGAGCGUGUUUGAGAGACUUACAUUAGGUUCGUUUGGAGAUUUGACAAGGUGGAAGUAUUCAGACCGAGAAAAGGAAUUUAAAAAAACUCCCCGAAAAAAGGGGGUGACUGAGAUGUUGGUGUCGGGGCAACAGCUCCAGGAGGGCCCGGUUUGAGAUUCAUCAUCGUAUACAUAAUCCCAGUCUGCUUCGAAGAUGUGGCUCAAGCUUUUCUUCCUGCUCCUCUACUUCAUCGUCCUCUUCGUGCUGGCUCGCUUUUUCGAAGCCAUCGUCUGGUAUGAGACGGGGGUGUUCGCCACGCAGUUAGUGGACCCCGUGGCUCUGAGCUUCAAGAAACUCCGCACCAUCCUGGAGUGCAGGGGGAUCUGCUACGCCGGCCUGCCCGAGAAGAAAGAUGUCCGGGAGCUGGUGCAGAAAUCCGGUGAUUUGAUGGAGGGUGAGCUUUAUUCUGCACUCCGAGAAGAGGAAGCAUCGGAAUCUACCUCCAGCACCAACUUCAGUGGUGAGAUGCAUUUCUACGAGCAAGUGGAAGACACUAAAGAUGGCAUAUGGCUGGUCCAAGUCACAGAAUGGUCAUUAAAAAUAAGAAAAGAAAUGAGGGUGAUUGACCGACAAAUCCGAGAUAUUCAAAGAGAAGAGGAAAAAGUCAAGCGAUCUGUAAAAGAUGCAGCAAAGAAAGGCCAAAGGGAUGUGUGCACUAUAUUAGCUAAAGAAAUUGUGCAUUCAAGAAAGGCUGUGGGAAAGCUGUAUGCGUCAAAAGCUCAAAUGAACUCUGUCCUUAUGAGCAUGAAAAACCAGCUAGCUGUAGCGAAAGUCACUGGUUCCUUAGAGAAGAGCACAGAGGUGAUGAAAGCCAUGCAGAGUUUAGUAAAAAUCCCUGAAAUUCAAGCCACCAUGAGAGAUCUGUCCAAAGAAAUGAUGAAGGCAGGGAUUAUUGAGGAGAUGUUAGAGGAUACUUUUGAAAGCAUGGAAGAUGAGGAAGAAAUGGAAGAAGCAGCAGAGAUGGAAAUUGACAAGAUACUUUUUGAGGUUACUGCAGGUGCUCUUGGGAAAGCUCCCAGCAAAGUCACAGAUGCUCUCCCAGAACCAGAGCUUGAAGGAGCUACAGCUGCAUCUGAUGAGGGUGAGGCAGAGGAAGAUAUUGAAGAAAUGCAGUCACGACUGGCUGCCCUACGGAGUUAAAUAUGUAAAUAACUUAAUUGUACAGUUUCCCCUUUUACAAAUUUACUCCAGUGAUAUAAUUCAGUUGCACUUAAUGGAUAUCCUUUCUACUUUCUGUUCAAUGUAAUUUUGUUUUUCCAAAUAUGAGUAAACAUUUCCUUCUUAAUGAAAGGUAACUACAGUUAAAUUUGUAUAGAUGGGAAGGUUUCUGAAGAAAAACAAAAAUUGCACUUGUGAAUGUUACUUCUUUGCUAAAGCAUUGUCUUGUCAACAUACUUUUCUCAGUUUAUCAUUCAGCGUAAUGAUUUCAGUACUUCAAUAUUGAUUUCUUACUGUUUUAAGUGUACUUCCCAGGCAUGUAAUGAAGUUUGGGGUCCCUGCUUGUGUAAUUUGAAUAAUCAUCGUGAAGAACAUACAGUGAAGGCAUGUUUUUCAUUUGGGGUAGUGUUAGCUGUCCAAAUUUAGUUUUUUUACAUGUAUAGAUACUUCAUGUGGCCUUAAUUGUAUCAAAUGGAUAGUUCAUAGCGAUUCAAAAUAAACCCUUUGGAAUGAAAGUUAAAAAUUCAAUGAUAAUUGCUUGGGGGAAUAUGUAACUUUGGUUGCUUAUAUUGUCAUUCAUACAGGUGUUCUGUUACUUAAAGCAAGUUUUCUUAUAAACUGCACGCAGCUAAUUUUGCGUUGCCCCCUUUAUCACAAGUGUGAAAUUGUCUAGGGAUUUUGAAUUUUUUUGAGUUGUUUGCUGUAGUCUUUAAAGCUGUUGUCUUGAGUAGUGCAAAAAUUCCAGAAAUCUGAAUUUAAAAACAAUAUGCUGGAUAUACUCAGUCUGUGUGGAGAGAAAAACAGUUAAUGUUUCAUCUCUGACUUUCCACCACAAAAGUUUGAAUUGGAAGAUGGGCUACUACCAGUAAAACACUAAUCUCAUUGCUGAGCAACACGAUCUACUUGUGAAAUGUUUUUGCCUUCCCCACGGAGCCUUUAAUUUUCUUGUGCAGGCAUAUGUUAAAUUAACAGGGCCAACAUUUGGAACCUUGCAAGGUUGUGCAGCUUGAAAAGAACAUUGGUUGUGGAGAGUAUUUUUACUAACCUCCCCAUCACAAGAUGCUGACAAGUGUAUUUGUGGUUUGUUCAGCUGGAGGAGUAAAACACUGCAUAUGGAGCCUUUGAUGUUGAGAUAUCAACUAAAUACUUGGAGUAGUCAUUAUUAUAAUGUAGGAAUCACAAUGGGACUACAACGCAGUAGAGCAACUUUAAUGAGAAUUUGACUUUUUUACUUUGUUACAUAUUUAUGGAUGGAUUGUAGAUUUUGCAUUUGGUUUAGCAGAUUAUAGAAACACUCCUGAGUGACAAUACUCAAAAUCGAACCGGAAUCUGGACUCAGGAUGUAUGCUGUAUUUUAAGUAGUAACUUCAUCGUUGGUUAUUGCAGUCCCCAACACAUCAUCCUCAAUAGAACUGUAUCACAAUCUUUCUCUCUUCAUGUUGAAGUAAUGCCGAAGCAGGAUUGGCUGCAGUGAUGCAUUCAAAAUUGUUGAGGUAAGAGUUUGUCAUACUGGACCUCCAAUAAUAUUGCAAUCUCAUACUAACAUCAAAUAAUGCAGUAUUUUGAUCCAUAAACAUUUAAGGUGGAGGUACAGGAAAUAACAUGCCAAUGACUCAGUUCAUUGUUACCCAAAAAUAGUUGAGAUUCAUUGGAUCUGUACUGCUUACUGAAGCUUUGUAUUAUGAAAAAAACCUCAAACAACUUAAUAAAGUGUUUAUACAACUUUUAAA